AUGAUUCAAGAAACCAAAUUGAUUAAUUUACAAGAGUUUGUGGCUAAGAGUUUUUGGAAAAGUAAAGGUAUUGGUUUUUCCUUUUCUAAUUCGUUGGGAAGGUCGGGGGGUCUUUUAACUUUAUGGAAGGAGGAGAGUGUGGAGGUGAUUUCUAGUUUCAAAGGUGAAGGUUCUCUCGGGAUUAAAUUCUUGAAGAACAACAAUUUCUUUUACUUGGUGAAUAUAUAUUCUUCUUGUGACUCAUCGAAAAAAAGAAUUUUGUGGAAUAGGUUGUUGGAUUUGAAGGGGAGGUUCAAUGACGGAGAAUGGAUUAUGGGAGGAGAUUUUAAUGCGAUUAAAGUUCGUCGAGAGAGGAAAGGAAGGAGUACGGCUUCUAACACGGGUGAGAUGCAUGAUUUCGCUACCUUUAUAGAAGAUAGCUUGUUGGUGGAUAUUCCUUGCAAAGGGAAAAAGUUCACUUGGUAUAGCGGAGAUGGUAAAUCUAUGAGUAGAAUUGAUAGAUUUCUUGUUUCGGACAAAGUGGUGGAUGAUUGGGGAGUGGUUGGUCAAUUAGUGGGUGAUAGAGAUAAAGAGUGGGAAGGUUUUAAGGUAGAAGGUAGAGGGGAUUUUGUUUUGAAAGAAAAGCUUCGGCUUCUUAAAGAUAGACUAAAGUGGUGGAACAAGGAAGUGUUUGGAAGAAUAGGUUUGGAAGUUGAGAAAGGAGCUAGGGAUAUUAAUUUGGGAGAUGAUAGAUUGGAGUUGGAAGGGUAG